AUGAAACUAAUGAUCGAUAAGGAGCAUGCGUCCCCGGUUUCCGCCUACCAGCUUCACGAGGAAUAUCAGCCGAAGUGGUAUCUACCGCACCACGCCGUGAUCAACUCAAAGAAACCAAAUAAGAUCCGUAUAGUAUUAGACUGUUCCGCCAAGCACAUGGGCAGGUCAUUGAACAGCAUGGUGCUACAAGGACCUGACACCACGACGAACCUUGUCUCAAUACUCCUCCGGUUUCGCAAGGAGCGUAUCGCGUUGAUGGCCGAUAUUGAGGAAAUGUUUAUGCAGGUCAAGGUGCCGGAGGAAGACAGAGGUGCAUUACGUUUCCUCUGGUGGACAGGAGGAGAUGUGAACGGACAAAUUACACAGUUCCAAAUGUUGUCACAUCCGUUCGGUGCUACGUCAUCCCUCUUCUGUUCUAACUUCGCGCUGCGCAAAACCGCCUCAACCUUUGUGGUUUUCUACGAUCGACUGGUGGCGACUCACCAAGGCGGUGGUCUGGCUGACAGGGUUCGUCUUAUAUCUCCGGGUUCGAAAAUUGCACCAUUCGGAUAUUACUCUCUUUGUGGAGAGUCGGAAGAAAUAUUACACUCGCAGGCGAGUCGGUUCCCGGACGGAACCCGCUAUUGCUAG